AUGUUGCUGCCAACUGCUACUUACACCUCUGAUGGCUUCACUCAGGAGUUCCACCCAGGAGAUGGGCCACAUACUACUGAUGGAUCAACAACACAGAUAUCUGAUAUAGUUUUAAACGCUGGUGGUGAAGAUCGAGAUAAGCCAAGCGCACCAAACGAUACGCCAAUGGGAGAAUUACGAGCAGCACUCACCACACUCCAAGAUCAAAUCAAUGUGUUCCUAACAGAUCGAAUGAGGGCUGAAAAGGAAAAUGAUACAGACGAUAUAGAACGAAAAGUUUUAGACGAAGGAGUUGAAGAGGAUAGCGAAAGUGAAUAA